CGAGGAACUUUUCACGGGCGCCGGGCACCGCCGAGUUCAGGGCGGGACGCGAACGCGCGGAGCGGCUGCGGCGGGCCCGGCGGACCUCCGGGAGGAGGCGACUGCGCCAUGGACGAACCACCCUUCAGCGAAGCAGCCUUGGAGCUGGCGCUGGCCGAGCCGUGCGAGCUGGACGCGGCGCUGCUGACCGACAUAGAAGACAUGCUUCAGCUCAUCAACAACCAAGACAGCGACUUCCCGGGCCUGUUCGACCCGCCCUAUGCUGGGGGCGGAGCCGGGACCACAGACCCCUCCAGUCCCGAUGCCAGCUCCCCAGGCAGCCUGUCCCCACCUCCUUCCACGAUGAGCUCCUCACUUGAAGGCUUCCUGGGGGCGACCAAGGCGACACCCCCACCCUUGUCCCCUCCCCAGCCUGCACCCACCCCCCUGAAGAUGUACCCAUCUGUGCCUGCCUUCUCCCCGGGGCCUGGGAUCAAAGAGGAGCCAGUGCCCCUGACCAUCCUCCAGCCCACCACCUCCCAGCCCCUGCCCGGGGCUCUCCUGCCACAGAGCGUUGCGGCCACCACCCCACCGCAGUUCAGCUCUGCCCCGCUUGUGGGUUACCCCAGCCCUCCGGGAGGCUUCUCCACAGGGACCCCUCCGGGGAACAGCUUGCAGUCACUGCCUGGCCUGCCACUGGCUUCCCUGCCAGGGGUCCCGCCCAUCUCCUUGCACAGCCAGGUUCAGAGUGCGGCCCCCCAGCAGCUGUUGACAGCCACAGCCACCCCCACAGUGGCCCCUGGAGCAACCGCUGUGACCUCCCAGAUACAGCAGGUCCCGGUCCUGCUGCAGCCCCACUUCAUCAAGGCAGACUCGUUGCUUCUGACGACUGUGAAAACAGACGUGGGAGCCCCCUUGAAAACACCGGGCAUCCGCUCCCUGGGCCCUGGCACUGCCGUGCAAGCAGCGCCCUUGCAGACCCUGGUGAGUGGUGGAGCCAUCCUGGCCACAGUGCCGCUGGUAGUGGACACUGACAAGCUGCCCAUCAACCGACUUGCCGGUGGUAAGGCUCCAGGCUCGGCACAAAGCCGUGGUGAGAAGCGUACAGCCCACAAUGCCAUCGAGAAACGCUACCGCUCUUCCAUCAACGACAAGAUUGUUGAGCUCAAGGACCUGGUGGUGGGCACUGAGGCCAAGCUGAAUAAAUCUGCCGUCUUGCGCAAGGCCAUCGACUAUAUCCGCUUCCUUCAGCACAGCAACCGGAAGCUCAAGCAGGAGAACCUGAGUCUGCGCACUGCUGUCCACAAAAGCAAAUCACUGAAGGACCUGGUGUCGGCCUGCAGCAGUGGAGGUAGCACAGACGUGCCCAUGGAGGGCAUGAAACCAGACGUGGUGGACACCCUGAGCCCGCCCCCCUCAGACGCUGGCUCGCCCUCCCAGAGCAGCCCCUUGUCCCUUGGCAGCAGGGGCAGUAGCAGCGGUGGAAGUGGCAGUGACUCGGAGCCUGACAGCCCGGUCUUUGAGGACGGCCAGGUGAAGCCAGAGCCGCUGCCUGCCCCCCACAGCCAGGGCAUGCUGGACCGCUCUCGCCUGGCCCUGUGUGCGCUCGUCUUCCUCUGUCUCUCCUGCAACCCCUUGGCCUCCCUGCUGGGCAGCCGGGGUCCUGCUGGCCCCUCCGACACCACCAGCAUCAACCACCAUCCCGGGCGCAGCAUGCUGGGUGCUGAGGGCAGAGAUGGCCCUGGCUGGGCCCCAUGGCUGCUGCCCCCAUUGGUCUGGCUGAUGAAUGGGCUGCUGGUGCUUCUCUCCUUGGCGCUUCUCUUUGUCUACGGAGAACCAGUCACUCGGCCCCACUCACGCCCUGCCGUGCACUUCUGGAGGCAUCGCAAGCAGGCCGACCUGGACCUAGCCCGGGGGGACUUUGCCCAGGCUGCCCAGCAGCUGUGGCUGGCCCUGCGGGCCUUGGGCCGGCCUCUGCCCACCUCCCACCUGGACCUGGCCUGCAGCCUGCUCUGGAGCCUCAUCCGCCACCUACUGCAGCGUCUCUGGGUGGGCCGCUGGCUGGCCGGCUGGGCAGGGGGCCUACGAAGGGACAGGGCCCUACAGGCAGACGCUCGCACCAGCGCCCGUGACGCGGCCCUCGUCUACCACAAGCUGCACCAGCUGCACACUAUGGGGAAGUACUCAGGUGGGCACCUCGCUGCUGCCAACCUGGCGCUGAGUGCCCUGAACCUGGCUGAGUGCGCAGGAGACGCCGUGUCUGUAGCCACGCUGGCUGAGAUCUAUGUGGCCGCUGCACUCAGGGUCAAGGCCAGUCUGCCCCGGGUCUUGCAUUUUCUGACACGCUUCUUCCUGAGCAGUGCCCGCCAGGCCUGCCUAGCACAGAGCGGCUCAGUGCCCCUUGCCAUGCAGUGGCUCUGCCACCCUGUGGGCCACCGUUUCUUCGUGGAUGGCAGCUGGGCCCUGUGCAGCGCCCCAAGGGACAGCUUGUACAGCGUGGCUGGGAACCCAGUGGAUCCCCUGGCCCAGGUGACUCAACUGUUCCGUGAACAUCUCUUGGAGCGAGCACUGAAUUGUGUGGCCCAGCCCAGCCCCAGCCCUGGAUCAGCUGAGGGGGACAAGGAGUUCUCAGAUGCCCUGGGGUACCUGCAGCUGCUGAACAGCUGUUCGGAUGUGGCCGGGGCUCCUGCCUGCAGCUUCUCCAUCAGCUCCAGCAUGGCUGCCACCCCCGGCACAGACCCGGUGGCCAAGUGGUGGGCCUCUUUGACAGCUGUGGUGACCCACUGGCUUCGGCGGGAUGAGGAGGCAGCCGAAAGGCUGUACCCGCUGGUGGAGCACCUGCCCCGUGCCCUGCAGGAGUCCGAGAAACCCCUGCCCAGGGCAGCUCUGCACUCCUUCAAGGCUGCCCGGGCCAUCCUAGGCCGCGGGAAGGCUGAGUCUGGCCCAGCCAGCCUGGCAAUGUGUGAGAAGGCCAGUGGGUACCUACAGGAUAGCUUGGCCACCACACCAGCUGACAGCUCCAUUGACAAGGCCAUGCAGCUGCUCCUGUGUGACCUGCUCCUUGUGGCACGCACCAGCCUCUGGCAGCGGCAGAAGCUGCCGGCACCCACCCAGGCCUCUCAGGGCCCUGGAGGCGGGGCCCAGGCCUCUGCCCUUGAGCUUCGUGGUUUCCAGAGGGACCUGAGUGGCCUGAGGCGUCUGGCACAGAAUGUCCGGCCUGCCAUGCGGAGGGUGUUCCUACAUGAAGCCACUGCCCGACUGAUGGCAGGGGCCAGCCCGGCGCGGACACACCAGCUCCUGGAUCGCAGCCUGAGGAGGAGGGUCGGCCCCUGCAAAGGAGGCGCGGCGGCGGAGCUGGAGUCGCGGCCCACGAGGCGGGAGCAGGCGGAGGUUUUGCUGCUGGCCUCCUGCUACCUGCCUCCCGGCUUCCUGUCGGCUCCCGGGCAGCGCGUGGGCAUGCUGGCCGAGGCGGCGCGCACUCUCGAGAAGCUCGGUGACCGCCGGCUGCUGCACGACUGUCAGCAGAUGCUCAUGCGCCUGGGCGGCGGGACCACUGUGACCUCCAGCUAGACUUCUGCCGGCGGGCCUGCCCCAGAGCCGGGUCUCCGUCUCAGCGGCCGAGGGCAGCGCCGGAGAUCCGGGGCUCACGCCCAGUCCACGGACUGCAUGGCCCCUGGGGGGCUGGAGACCCUCGGAGAGGUCUGCUCUUGACCUGCAGGCCUCCCCAGCCCGCUCCCGCACUCGGCGCGCGGUGGCCAGGAUAGUGCUGGCCCCUUGUGGCCGGUUGGGGGAUUGCCGGGGCCUGCGGCCGCCGCCACCACCGCCGGAUGUCAUGUGCUCCCAGUGACACCCGCUCCUGGGUGUCAAGGGACCCCAGUCCGCAGCUUUCCCCCUCCCUCCAGAGACAAGAGAGGGGUGCAUUUCACCGAGCCGAGGGACCCUACCCCCGGUGCUUUCCUCCCAUCUGGGGAGACCUGUGCAUAGUGUAGAUCGGAGUGCACCAGCCUCCUGGCCUCCAAGGCUCAAGCGUUACUUUGCCUUUUGCAGACUUUAUUUUCAUAGGUGGAGAAGUUUUGUACAGAGAAUAAAAAAUGAAAUUAUUUAUAA